AUGAACACAUUCAGUAAUGUCAUGGGUUUCAGUGUCUUAAUUAUUGCCACUGAAGGAUCAUCAGUGAAAGUUCAUCCAGGAGGAAACACAACACUUCCCUGCAGCAUUAAAAAUGAUAAAGAGAUUACCUGGAUCAUUACAAAUGGAAACCAAACAUUUGUCAGAAUUCUGAGACUAGAAUAUGGUUAUGGUCCAGAAUCUAAACCAGAGCCCUCCAAUAUUCACCCCAGUUAUGCAGGUCGAAUAAGAGCUCUCAGUUCAUCCACAAACACUCACUCUCUGCUUCUGAUGAACAUCACUGACACUGAUCUCAUGCUCUACUGCUGCACUGAAUGCAUGUUAGAGCAAACUCACUGCACAAAACUGGACUAUGAAGAAGUGAGCACUGAAGAUGUCGAUCAGGCUACAGAUACUAGCAGUAAUGAUCCAGUGAUCAUCAGUGUCAUCCCGUGGCUGCCUGUCGUCUGCUUGCUUCUGCUACUCUUACUGGUGUCAAGUGUCUAUGUGUGUUGGAGAGGAACAGGACUGUGGAAAGGUUGUGGAAGAACUAAUAACCUGAACCAGGACUGGAUUCAUAUUGUUCAGGGUAAAAUGGGACAAACACUAUUUGAGCCAUGUGAGGCAGUGGCAAAGAGCCUGCAGUGUAAAAAGACGAACGCUCUUGGAGCCACAGUGUGUGUGAAUCUUCUGAUGGAGAGACUAAAGGCCUUGAGAGUUGACAGCACAGUGGCAGAAAAGAUCAACCAAGUGAAAGACUGUGCUGCAAAGAAUGGAAUGAAAAUGCCUAAAUAUGAUGAGUCCAGAGAGCACUUUCUGGUCAAUGACAGAAAGUAA